AUGGCGUGCGGCGCGGAGCUGCGCGAACGGCACUCGGUGCUGGUGAGCAUGCUGGAGGCGCGCCGUGAGUCUAGCGACUCCGGUUGCUCGAGCGACGAGAGCUCAGAUCCCGAGCGCGAAACUAAUUGCAACUGUGAUUCUCAGGGUUUCUUCCGACGCUCUAUACAACAGAAGAUACAAUACAGACCGUGCACCAAAAACCAGCAAUGCUCCAUCCUAAGAAUCAACAGAAAUCGGUGUCAAUACUGCCGGUUGAAAAAAUGCAUAGCCGUUGGCAUGAGCAGAGAUGACAUGGGAGAAGAUUUGCCAAUACUUAAGGGAAUUCUGAAUGGUGUGGUGAAUUAUCACAAUGCUCCCGUGCGAUUUGGUCGCGUGCCGAAGCGCGAGAAGGCGCGUAUCCUGGCGGCGAUGCAGCAAUCGUCGUCGUCGCGAGCACACGAACAAGCAGCGGCUGCAGAGCUGGACGACGCACCUCGGCUGCUGGCGCGCGUGGUGCGGGCGCACCUGGACACCUGCGAGUUCACGCGCGAGCGCGUGGCCGCCAUGCGCGCGCGUGCACGCGACUGUCCCACCUACUCACAACCAACUCUGGCGUGUCCGCUGAAUCCAGCGCCGGAGUUGCAGUCUGAGAAAGAGUUUUCUCAGCGGUUCGCCCAUGUGAUUCGUGGUGUGAUAGACUUUGCCGGUCUCAUUCCCGGCUUCCAGUUGCUCACGCAAGAUGACAAGUUUACGUUGUUAAAAAGUGGUCUCUUUGACGCCCUGUUUGUGCGACUCAUUUGCAUGUUCGAUGCGCCGCUCAAUAGUAUUAUCUGCCUAAAUGGACAGCUUAUGAAACGGGACUCUAUACAGAGCGGUGCUAACGCGCGGUUUCUUGUGGACUCUACAUUUAAAUUCGCGGAACGCAUGAACUCUAUGAACCUCACAGAUGCCGAAAUCGGAUUAUUCUGCGCCAUAGUUCUAAUCACACCUGACAGGCCGGGCCUUCGCAAUGUUGAACUAGUAGAGCGAAUGCACGCAAGAUUAAAAGCAUGCCUGCAAACCGUCAUCGCCCAAAAUAGACCUGACAGACCGGGCUUCCUUCGGGAGCUAAUGGAUACUCUCCCUGACCUGCGAACACUAAGCACGUUACACACGGAGAAACUGGUCGUAUUCCGCACAGAACAUAAAGAAUUGUUAAGACAACAAAUGUGGGGAGAAGAAGAAGGUUGCUCGUGGGCAGACUCCGGUGCGGACGAAUCUGCGCGCAGUCCUAUUGGCUCGGUAUCGAGUAGUGAAUCGGGAGAAGUGAACGGCGACUGCGGCACACCAUUGUUGGCCGCCACGCUAGCGGGCCGUCGGCGGCUCGACUCACGAGGCUCCGUCGACGAAGAGGCGCUCUGCGUUGCGCAUCUCGCACACAACGGACUAACGGUCACUCCGGUGCGGCCGCCGCCGCGCUACCGCAAGCUCGACUCCCCCACGGAUUCCGGCAUCGAGUCCGGUAACGAGAAGCACGAGAGGAUCGUGGGCCCCGGAUCGGGCUGCUCGAGUCCGCGCUCGUCGCUCGAGGAGCAUACGGAGGAGCGGCGGCCGGCGCCGGCCGACGACAUGCCGGUGCUGAAGCGAGUGCUGCAGGCACCGCCGCUGUACGACGCGCCGCUGCUGAUGGACGAGGCGUACAAGCCGCACAAGACGGGCCGCGCGAUGCGGCGCGACACGGGCGAGGCGGAGGCACGCGCGGUGCCGGCGCCGUCGCCGCAGCCGCCGCAGCCGCCGCCGCGCGCUUCGCUGUCCGCCACGCACAUCGAGCUGGCGCGCAGCUUGCGAGAGUGCCCGCGCAUGACGCCCGAGCAGCUCAAGCGCACCGACCUCAUCACGCAGUACAUGCGGCGCGGCGAGGCGUGCGAGCCGUGCGCGCCCUGCCCGCCCUGCGCGCCCUGCCCGCCCUGCCCGCCCUGCGCGCCGCCCGUGCUCGAGCUGCAGGUCGAUGUCGCGGACGCGCCGCUCAACCUCUCCAAGAAGUCGCCGUCGCCGCCGCGCGCCUUCAUGCCCCGCAUGCUGGAGGCGUGA